ACACAGAGAUAUCGCUGAAAUAAAGAACAGGAAGAGAAGAUAGCUGUGCCUUCUCAUACACAGUUUUUGGCUCUUUCGCUGUGCAGCAAGUUCCUCUCCUGUCCACAACCGAAGGUCCCUCUCAUGGGAAGAGUGAAGGGCAAGUCUGGGCCCUUGGCCCGGAGGCCAGACAACUCAGCUUUCAAACAGCAGAGGCUACCUGCGUGGUCUCCCAUGCUGACAGCUAACACUGUGCUGCCUUUCUUCUACUUUAUGGCUUUGAUAUGCAUGCUGCUGGGAGUAUGGCUGCUUCUCACGGUACAGAGCACACAGGAAAUGAAGCUGGACUACACAGACGCUUCGACAUGUAAUAAAUGUUUUGAAAAGCGUAAAAAUGUGAGCAACGCAGGAGAGAGCUGCAGCUGCACAGUGGUGUUUUCUAUUGAGAGACCAUUCAAGGGAGACGUCUUUUUCUAUUAUGGCCUGAAAAACUUUCAUCAGAACCUCCGUAGAUACAUGGACUCCAGAGAUGAUGGACAGAUGGUUGGCAGGAAGAAAAACUUGAAGAAUCCCAGUUCAUAUUGUGAGCCGUUUACAAGAGACCAGAAUGGAUUGCCCAUUGCUCCCUGUGGUGCUGUGGCCAAUAGUAUCUUCAAUGACUCCUUCACUCUGACCUAUCAUGGAUCCAAUCAAGAUCCAGUUCGGGUUCCUUUGUUACGUAGAGGCAUCACCUGGUACACCGACAAAAAUGUCAAAUUUCGCAACCCCAGGAUGGACAACUUGUCACUGGCUCAAGUGUUUGAUGGCACAGCAAAGCCACUGUACUGGCACAAGCCAGUGUAUGAGCUUGAUCCCAUCGACCCGACCAACAACGGCUUCAUCAAUGAUGACCUGAUCAUAUGGAUGAGGGAGGCAGCCUUCCCCAACUUCAAGAAGCUCUAUGGGGUUUUGCACCGAGCCAACAAGCCCUUCACUCAGGGGCUUCCAGCCGGGAGUUACAGCAUCGACAUAUCCUACAACUUCCCUGUGCAGUACUUCCGAGGUAGGAAGGAAGUGGUGCUGACGACGCUGACCUGGUUUGGAGGUCAGAACCAUUUCCUGCCCAUUGCUUACCUAGUAACCAGCAGCCUGAUCCUACUGAUAGCUGUCAUCCUCACGGUGGUCUGGUGUAAGUUCGGAAAGAAUGGCAAGAACAUGGAGGAAUGAAGGGUAAGAGGUGCACUGGGACGCUGAGGAGUGAAAAAGAAAACUCACAAGCAGCUGAAAAUCGAUAAUUGUUGUGCUGCUUAGGAGCUGCUUUAAACAGACAUCGAAUCCUAAAUGACAAGAGCACUGAUGUGAGCAAAUAAAGGAUAAGAAUGGUUUUAAAAAAGAAUGUUAAUUUGGUGCAAUACCAUAACAGCAUUUGCAGGAAAACCAAUGAAGAAUUUAGUUUGACAUCUGGAAAUGACUUUCCCAAUCAGCUAAAUGAUCCACAUGUGUGACGGCUUUUGUUGUGAUGAUGUUGUUCGGAACAACCACUUGUGAAAGCUGGGUGCCUUUUUACUUGAUGAACUUUUGCAUUUUUUUUUGUAACACACACCAUUUUGUUCAUGCACUGUUAAUAUUUAUUAAGAUAAUUAUAAUAUACUUAUUAUAAUUAUUAUAUUAACAAUUAGUCAACUCCAGUCACUGUGGUGUUAAAGCUGCAUUUCAUGUCUUUAUGGCAAAGUGGAAAAGCUACACUUUAAUUAGUGUGAUGUAGGGUGGGCACCAGCCAUUAGACAAACCCUGUAACGCUACUUCCUAAUACUGAAUAAAGGUUUUUAAUUAAGGUUUAAGCAUUAAGGUUAGCCAGUGCAGCUAAUAUUGCGUCUAUUUAGUGUUACAUGGUACAAUAGGUGCUUAAAGAAAUGCUUGUUUUUAGACUGCAGCCAUGCUAGCAGCUCUGUGAGAGCAUGGCAAAGCAAACAUGAGGCUUUGCAGGUACGUUUACCAUGUUCACCAUCUCACUUUAGUGUGUUGGCAUGCUAAAUAUGCUAAUUAGCACUCAACGCAAACUACAACUGAAGCUGAUGGGAAUGUAAUUUAAUCAGAUAUUCAGUCAUAAACCAAACCAUCACAGAACAAUGAUUUUAUAAACCAAAACAAUGAUGCAGUUUAGAUCUUUUUUGUGUAAGUAUGGCCAUUGUUGAUCAAGGGGGAAAAAAAGGUUUAUUUAACUGUAUUUGCAGUGUAAUUGUGGAGUCUGUUUUGAUGACAGCUGAAGAUUGGAAUAAAACAUUUUCUUUUAAAAACUC